UUAUGGCAGAAAACAAAGACGAAACCUGUUCUGAAAGUUCUGUAUCUUCACCAGGUUCAAGCUUACCUAUGGGUAAUAAGUGCAUAGACAUGUUUGAUAGAUUAUGCAGUUGUAACACUUUGUGGAAGAAAAGCAGCACCCCAAGAGGUCGAAGAACUUUCCAGAGCGAUGUGGAAAAAGAAGAAUUCCAGUAUGCUAGUAGUCAUUGUCUCUCAUCCUACUAUAGUGUGUUUGUGGUUCGACUAGCAAUCAUGGUCAUGCUAGCCAUCUUGAUAGGGCUGCUUACUAUACUGACAUGGCAUUUCACGAAGAUUUAUACAAGAAAAUCACUUAAUAGCUUGGCAUAUGGUCUGCGUUAUGAACUUCUGCAACGUCCCAUCUUGCGUAUGUGGAACAUUUUGAACUCUACUGCUGAAAUUACAAAUGCUCAGGUCAGGCUUUCCCAGUAUGUGAUCAGACGUUAUAGCAACCCUGCAACUCAAGCAGAGCAAGUUGAGCUGUAUGAAGCGAUGAGGGCUGUGACAUGGGCGCUGUUUGCUAGUAGAAAAGCUCUCAACUCAAUAACUAUCAAUUAUAAGAAUGGAUUUGUGCAGGCAUUCCAUAGAGAUCUGAAGGAUAACAAUACAUUUUACAUCUACUCUGAUCUUGCAAAUUACUCCAUAGGUGCCAGCAACUCUAACGAAAUCAAUUCCUUUUCAACACAUCAAGCUUGGGAAGAUAAAGCCAUUCAUGGUAACUAUUCUGCCAUUUGGUACCGCGAACCACUUGAUCCUAUCAGUGGCGAGAAGAUAGGAAAAGCUAUGCAAAUUGCACCUGAAGACUUAAUCAACAUAGCUGGCCUUUCCCAAGUACCUGAUGGUGUAGCUUCAUGGCAUGUUGCAGUGAGCAAGUUUACAGAUUCACCAUUGCUUUCAGCAGCAUUGCCAGUUUGGGACUCUUCUAAUAAGAGUAUCAUGGCAGUUGUGGGUGUCACAACUGCACUUUAUAGUGUAGGACAGCUAAUGAGAGAACUAGUUGAGUUGCAUAGUGGCCAUAUGUAUUUGACUUCCCAAGAAGGUUACUUACUUGCAACUUCCACAAGUGCACCUCUGCUCACAAAUUCAACAAAGCCUCCCAAGCUUAAGAUGGCUGUUGACUGUGAAGAUGAUGUAAUAAAACUGGGAGCCGAAUGGUUACAGAGAACUUAUGGGAACAAUUUUCCUCCAAGUCAUGAGGUUCAUGUAGAGAAUGCCAUGCUAGGCAACCAGCAAUAUUACAUUGACUCAUUCUUCCUAAACUUGAAGAGACUUCCUUUGGUAGGUGUAAUUAUCAUACCAAGAAAGUAUAUCAUGGGGAAGGUAGAUGAAAGAGCAUUCAAAACGUUGGUUAUUCUGAUAUCAGCCUCAUUAUGUAUUUUAGUCAUUGGGUGUGUUUGCAUUUUGAUAUUGACAAACGGAGUAUCAAAGGAAAUGAAUCUAAGAGCUGAACUGAUAAAUCAACUGGAAGCAAGAAGGAAGGCAGAGGCAUCAAGCAAUUAUAAAAGUCAAUUCCUUGCAAACAUGAGUCAUGAACUGAGGACACCUAUGGCAGCAGUAAUCGGGUUGCUUGACAUUCUUAUAUCUGAUGACUGUCUCACAAAUGAACAAUACUCAACAGUUACUCAAAUAAGAAAAUGCUCAACUGCUCUGCUACGUCUUCUUAACAACAUAUUGGAUCUGAGCAAGGUGGAAUCUGGAAAACUGGUCCUAGAAUAUGCAGAAUUUGAUUUGGGACGGGAACUUGAAGGGCUUGUAGAUAUGUUUUCUGUCCAAUGCAUCAACCACAAUGUAGAGACGGUUUUAGACCUAUCUGAUGAUAUGCCAAAGGUAGUUCGCGGUGAUUCUGCUAGGGUAGUUCAAAUAUUUGCAAAUUUGAUCAACAAUUCAAUCAAGUUUACUCCAUCGGGUCACAUUAUUCUGCGAGGAUGGUGUGAAAACCUAAACUCUUGCACUGAUAGUCCAAAUUUUCCUCUUGACCUGAAGAAAUCACGGAGUUUACAAAAGAGCAGAGAGAAGCCAAAUUCAAACCACGCAAAGAGAACAUCUAUAAGAGAUAACAAACUGAUACUUUGGUUUGAAGUUGAUGACACAGGCUGUGGUAUUGACCCAAGUAAAUGGGAUUCUGUGUUUGAAAGCUUUGAGCAAGCUGAUCCAUCAACUACUCGACUGCAUGGAGGCACUGGUCUUGGUCUUUGCAUUGUCAGAAACUUGGUUAAUAAGAUGGGUGGAGAUAUCAAGGUUGUCAAAAAGGAGGGCCCAGGAACACUGAUGCGAUUAUGCUUGCUACUCAAUGCACCCAUGGAUGUCACAGAACAACAUUGUGCAGUAGAUUUGACAGAUAGUGGCUUCGUGGUACUGCUUGCACUGCACGGCAACAUGGGUCGAGUAAUUACAUCCAAGUGGUUACAGAAAAACGGGGUGUGCACAAUGGAAGCGUCUGAUUGGAAUGGACUAACUCAAAUUUUGAGGGAACUCUUUCAUUCAAAAAGUUCAGUCCAUAAUAAUGACUUGGAUGCAAAUUAUCUAGUAAAUGAGAGAUUGAAUUCUAAACUACUCAACAUUCAAGAUAUGAGGAACCCGACUUUUGUCAUUGUUGUUGACAUUGAGCUACUUGACUUGAGCACAGAUAUAUGGAAGGAACAGCUUAACUUCCUUCACAGGUACUUUGGGAGAGCAAAGUUUGUAUGGAUGCUAAAUCAUGACACCUCCAAUACCAUAAAGAUGGAGCUCCGUAGGAAAGGGCAUAUCCUCAUGGUCAACAAACCACUUUACAAAGCAAAAAUGAUUCAUAUUCUGGAAGCUGUCAUAAAGGAAAGAAAUCUUGAGCUACAAAAGAAAAACAUGACUGCUCCUAGGACCACAAUGAAAGAGGGUGAUUUGCACGAGUUUCUUGAGAUUGAUUCAACUCAUUUUGAUGUUGCUAGCUCUGAUGAUUCUGACAUAUCUGAAAAGGUUGGUUCAAAUCCUGUAAGUGCCAGUGGAGACAAACCAAUUGAAAAUCCACCAUCACCAGAUCAGAUGAAUAACGGCUUUGUUAGAUUAACCAAUGAAUAUUUACAAGACAAUAAUUUGAGGGAAGAAGAGUCUUGUCAGAGUAACCCCAAUUCCAAUGAUGCCACUGAAGACACCAAACCUAAAUCACUGUCCACUAAAGAAGCAUCCUUUCCAGCAGAAGCUCAAGAUGAAGAUUCUGAAUGUGGAGCAACACAUAGGAUCACCAGCUCAAGUAAAGCAAUAAAUGGAAAGAAAUCUCUCGAGGGCCUAAGGAUUUUGCUUGCAGAAGAUACACCAGUAAUUCAAAGGGUUGCAACCAUAAUGCUUGAAAAAAUGGGAGCUGCUGUUGUUGCUGUAGGAGAUGGACAACAAGCAGUAGAUGCUCUCAAUUGCAAGCUCGAUGCUGAAGAUUGUACAAGGGAGUCUCUCCAAAAGGAAAGAAACACAAGAUCUCAAACAGAGAUUUUGACUUACCCUCCAUAUGACUUGAUCCUAAUGGAUUGUCAGAUGCCAAAGAUGGAUGGCUAUGAGGCAACAAAAGCAAUCAGGAAAUCAGAAGUGGGAACAGGCUUGCACAUUCCCAUUGUUGCUCUUACAGCCCAUGCAAUGUCAUGUGAUGAAGCCAAAUGCCUUGAGGUGGGCAUGGAUGCUUACUUAACUAAGCCAAUUGACUUCAAGAUGAUGGUGUCCACCAUUCUUUCACUCACUAAAAGAUCAUCUUGAAUUCUCACUUAAAGCCCAAGCAAACAGUGGAUGGCUUAGGCAGCUUAGAUAUGCAUAGUAAGUUUACCACAUGUUAACAUCGGAAAUCAUAGCUUGACCCAUGUAUUGUAGAAACGUAGUCCAAUUUUCCUGACUUAACUCACUUGUACAAGUAAAUGGCUGAAGUUUAGUGCUCUUUUUCUGUGUGCUUUAUGACUGCACUGUGAAGAAGGAAAAACUUUAUUUUCACCCAGUUACCAACUUCUAUUUACAUACUGCCAAAUGAAAUAAAUAAA